AUGGCGUCUCGGGCAGCGGCGGCACACGCCUCGCGCGUAAAAGUCCGUCGCUUGAUCGUCACGGGCGGCGUGGCGGCCACGGUCUUUGUCGGGAGCAUCUACGGCGCAGGGCUCAAGAUCCAAGGCGAGGCCAAGUCUGAGCGAAAAGCCUUUGUCGAAGCCUCCAUAGAAGAGCAGAUUGCCGUGCUCGAGGAGCGCAGACAAUAUCUUGUUAACCAGCGCGCUCCCUUUGAGCGAAAGCUGGUCAGAUUACACGAACGUAUGGCCCAGAAAAAACAGGAGGAGCAGCACAGUGGACAACAUAUCGAGGUGAAGCCGGACACGAGGCCGGCGCACAGCACAAAUACAUUUACAGAGCAAAACAGUCAAGUCGAUGAGAAGACUGAUAAUGAUAAUCGGGCAAACAAAACUGGCUCGAGGUGGUGGCCAUUUUCAUAG